AUGAAACCUCGAAGAACUGUUAAACCAAUAAACUCCCGCAAAUCGAAUUUUGAAACCUUAAAACCCAAUGGACCAACAAAUCUGAUUUUGAAAGGUGGUUUUGAUUUUGGUAGUUACAGGUGGCGGCAGAAGGAGCUGUUUCCAACGAAGGUGUGGGUUGAAGGUCUCCGGAGUGGGUGUCGACGGAAAGGUUUAUGUGUUAACAGUCUCUUUGCCCCAAAUCUUGAACUCAAGUCUCUAGGUUUGACUUGUUUCUUGCUCAAACUUGGAAAUGGUGAGAGGAAAGUUGCUUUGAUUAUUUUCUCUCAAAAGGGAAAACUCUAUGAGUUUUCAAGCUCCAACAUGCAGAAGACAAUAGAAAAAUAUCGUGCAGAUGUUAAGAAAGAUGAAAUCUGCACACCUGAAAAUGAAGUACACGUACAGCAAUUGAAGCAAGAAGCUGCCGCCAUUCAACAACAAAUAGAGCAACUUGAAAUUUCCCAACGGAGGCUUUUGGGACAAGAUUUGGUAUCAUGUUCAGUAGAGGAACUAAGUCAUUUAGACAAUAAGUUGGAACAUACAUUGAGAACCAUUAGGGCAAGAAAGACUCAGUUAUUUAAAGAGCAAGUUGAAAAACUGAAAGCAAAGGAAAGAUACCUCUUGGAAGAAAAUGCAAGAUUGUGCCAAGAAAACACAAGUUUAUGCCAAAAGCGCAUUGCAACUCCAUCCCAACUGUACUCAACGAAGCAGAAGGAUCCAGUUACAAGCAACCAAAGUAGCCAGUUUUCGGAAGUGGAGACCGAACUAUUUGUCGGCCUGCGCGUAGACAAAGGAGGAAUAGGUGUUGUUGAAGGUGAUCAAGUUGAACUUGUGACUACUAAUGUUGGUGAAGAAAUGGUUGAAAAAUCAGUGAAUGAAGGUGUAGAGGAGGGACAUACAACUGCAAAUGAGGUUGUAGAGGAGGAGCAACCUAUUGCAAAUAAGGGUGUAGAGGAGGAGUGUACUGCUAUGAAUAAGAAACACCAAUCAAAUGAAGUCCCUUUUGAAAACAACUAUAGUGUAGAAGAGGAAUUGUUGGAAGAUUUUGACCCUUUCUAUGGGGUUAAAUUUAAUGAAAGUAUUCCAAAAAAUCAUCCAACAUAG